CAGAUCCUGAGACUUGCCUGUGCACAGGCAGUUGCAAAGGAGAGCUGGGCACAUGUAUUUAAAGGGCAGGGUUUUCGCUUCGCAGUACUCGGAAAUUACGAAUAACAACCUUCUACUCUUGACUUGACAAGCAAAAUUUCGCAGAACAAACGAUUAUUCUAUCAAAAUGCGUUUGACAAGCUCGAUUGCGCAAGCCAUCCUCUGCCUCUCAGUCACAGUCCUUCCCGUGGCACAAGGCGCCAUCGCCAUCGGAAAUCAGAUCAGGGAAGGCGGCACUCAUUUCAAUGUCGCCUGGAUUGAAGGGGUGAGCCCUUGCGUCGAUGAUGUCGAAAUUGCCCCGGAAAGCGGAAAAGAGUGCAAUCGUAACUUCAAACUCGACGGUACCGACUAUUAUCUUGUCGGCUGCACCGACCCCGGUACCCCUUAUGCUCAAAACCCAAAGCGACUCCGACGUGUUAAAGACAAUUCUUUAUAUGGCAAUUGCGCACCUGUGAAAAAGAAGACUAUUAAUUGCAAGGGAUCUACCCACGACGUUGUAAAGCGCUAUGUCUGUGGUUAGACUGCCAAACAACUCAUAUCAGCCGACUGUUAGCGAUUAAGGAAGUGUGUGAUUCGAGGACUGCUAAUAACACGGACCAAUUUUGACGAAUGCCAAGUGUCAGAAUUACUGAGAGCUUGGAGUUGGCUGAUAUUUAUAUAAUACUCUUGUCAUGAUUUGAUCUAGAAGAGAUACAUGUAGCAUAGAUCUUAUAUAAUGCUGCAUUCAAACCAUUCUGAUCAUUUUUGUAAGCAUGUUUGAAGUCACUCCGUCAUAAUUAAAGAAAUGGUGGCGUGUAUCUCCGGUUCAAGUUUAGCGAGUAGUCUG